AUGUUCGCGGAGGAGGAGUGGAACGAUGGGGCGGAGGGCUCCGCCCGGGCCCGGGCUGGGGCCCGGGCUCGGCCGGGGCCCCACGGCGCUCCCGAGGGCCCGGGCCGGCCGACCCCCGCGGCAGCGGCGGGGAAGCGGCGCCGGCGGCUGCCGGGGGACUGCGCGGCCGAGCCCGGCCGGGACGGCGAGCCCGCGCGGAAGCGGCCCGGGGAGCGGAGGCAGACCGCCAGGCGCCGGGCCGCGGCGGACGGGCGCCCGGUCGGCUCCGGGGAGCCGCAGCAGAGCGGGCAGCGCACGGACAGAGGUACCACCGCCCACUUGUCGCCUGAGCUGCCGGGGGAGCGGCCCCGGCUGAGCGCGGAGCCCGGGGCGCCGGGGACGGGGGCUGCGGCCGGGGAGCUGGUGCAGAGGCUGAGCAGGAGGCAGUGGAGAAACAAGCAGAAGAAUAAACGGCGCCAGAAGAACGAGCUCCAGGCGGGACCUGGAGGGGAGCAGGGCGUGGACAGGCAGGCGGGCACGGGACCGGGCGCCCCGGAGCUGCCCAGCCUGGAAGCGGCUCCUUCGGGGCGGUCGGCGGCCCUGCGCGCGCGGAUGGAGGAGCGGCUCCUGGCCGCCCGGUUCCGGUACAUCAACCAGCAGCUCUACACGUCCACCAGCCGGGAAGCGGCACAGCUCUUCCAGAGCGACCCCGAGGCGUUCGAAAUCUACCACCGCGGCUUCACUCAGCAAGUGGGGCGCUGGCCAGAGAACCCUGUGCAUCGCAUCAUCCGCUACCUGCGGCGGCGGCCAGCCUCGCUGGUGGUGGCAGAUUUUGGGUGCGGUGACUGCAAGAUUGCGAGCAGCAUCAAGAACAAGGUUCACUCCUUCGACCUGGUACCUCUCAGCCCACUGGUCACCGUCUGCGACAUGGCCAAGGUGCCUUUGGUGGCUGAGUCGGUGGAUGUUGCGGUGUUCUGCCUGGCGCUGAUGGGCACCAACCUGCAGGAGAUCCUGGAAGAGGCCAACCGUGUGCUGAAGCAGGGGGGUACCCUGAUGGUGGCUGAGGUGGCCAGCCGCUUCGAGGACAUCCGAGCCUUCCUGAACGCCAUGGCUCAGCUGGGCUUCAAAAGCGUCUCCAAGGACCUGUCCAGCGCCUUCUUCCACCUGCUGGAGUUCGCCAAGACGGGCCCCCCCCGCCGCCGCCCCGCACCCGGCCUGCGCCUGCGGCCCUGCCUCUACAAGCGCCGCUGA